AUGGCCAAUCAAAGUGUGCCAGCUGGCACCGCUGCUGCUGCAAGAUUAUUUAGCGCAGAGACCAGCGUAACUAGCGGCUCGGCGGGUCAGCAGCUGAUCGCGUCGCUAUUGGUCGAGCGGCUACCUGUCGUCAUCCCGAAGCCUCCCGAAUGGGCUCUUAAAUACGAGACGUUUAGUUUCGAGCGGAAGCAGCAAUACCGCAAGCAGUAUCCUAAAGAAUUUCUAGACGCGGCCGCUUCGACCAAUGCAGGCGCGGAGGGGGAAGCGGAGGAGCAGGACGAGUACUGGGCGGGAGUCCUCGAGGCGCCGUUUGACGCGCCGUCCAGACGAACAGCUGCUGACGAGGCCAAUGACGUCAGGUCACUGCAACGCGCACUGGACAAGCGCCUGUACCUGCUGCUCAAGGGCCCCUCGCUUGCCGGCCAAUCAGGCAGCGACACGUGGCACUUCCCUGAGAAGCUUUAUGAAGGCGAAGACUCCAUGCGCCAGUGUGCGGAGAGAGCAGCAGCAGCAUCCCUCGGUUCCUCCCUUGAUCUCUACUUCGUGGGCAAUGCCCCCUGUGCUCACGCUCCCAUGACUUCGGCCACGGCUUUCUUCUUCCGAGCGCACGUGCUCGGAGGGGAGUUCCACCCAGCUGCCCGGACAAUAAAAGAUUUCGCGUGGGUCAGCAAGGCGGAGAUUCCAGACUACGUGGACCUCUCGGCCAUUCCUGACGGCCCCAAGCUCUUCCAGACGCUGCUCAUGGACGAGUGA